GGAGAAAUUGGAAACCACGUUAACUUACAUCAACUCCGCUUCAGAACCAGUCUCAGUCAUCGACCUACAGUGUGCAAAUAGUUUAUACAUGCACACUUGUUUCCCUCUCCUGCGCACAUAGCCAUGAUCGAAUGGAGGAGUAGACCUGAUGGGCCGAGUGGCCUAAUACUGAUCCUAUCACAUGAGCACAUCCAGGAGAUCGUGGUUAUUGCUAAGGAAUCUUUACCUCACGCUGAACGUAAUCCCCUUAUCAUGCAUCUGUACGCUGCAAAUGGCUCGACAAGCAUUGUCUUGGCGGUGCUGGCUCGAAGGGCCAAAUGGCCUACUCGUGCAACUAUUGUCUAUUGUCUUUCAACUGACUGGAUGGCACACGACAAAAGCAUUUCACUGUACAUCGGUAAGGUGAACUAAACUGAACUUCUGAAGAAGGGUCUCGACCCCGAAACGCCAGCCAUUCCCUCUCUCCAGAGAUGCUGCCUGUCCCGCUGAGUGAGUGACUCCAGCAUUUUUGUGUCUACCCUGAACUUUAAGCAGCAGGUUGUCCCAGUCCCAGCCACCCCUCCGAAGAAGCCGUGAAUGGAGCAAGCCAGUUGGAGUGGGUGGGGUUGAGAAGGGAUCUUUGGUUGAAUCCAGCAAUUCACUCCAAUUUCACUCUGUGAUACAGACAGCAGUUAGCUCCUCACCAGCGCCUGUCUGGGGAGUGUGCCCUGCCUGCUUGGAACAUAAUGCUGGCUGACUGACUGGCGGGGGAGUGUUGAGAAGAGGACUCCUGUCAGGAAUAUCCAGUGAUGGUCACACAGUCACAACCUGCCUUGUGGGGGAGGACGUGUGGAUUCGAGGAGGAAAUUUUUGGUGAAGUGUUCCAGUUGAGAGUGGGCUGCCAUAAUGGACGCACUCAGAAGGCCUUUGAUCGCAUGUCUUGCUGAUUUUACACGCUAAACUAUCCAUCGAGGAGCUUGAACGCAACAGAGCUGGAUUGUUAGAAGACCUCAGGAGACGUGAUUUUGCUGACCUGGGUAUGGCAACGUUGGUCUGAAUGCUGCUACUGGGUUUGGCUGUGGGCUCCUUGUGUUGUCCUGACGGGUGCAAAAUGAAGCCAGUCACGCCGGCCAGCUCCCCUCCGCCCCUCAGACUGUUGAACAGAGGGCCUGAGUAUCUCCGCAAGCAGAUGCAGAGCGAUAACAGGAGUCGGGCGCUGAGCGCUGUCGAGAGGCUCGAGGCGGACAAGUCCAAGUACGUUAAAAGUCAGCAGGCGAUGGCCGCCAAGCUGGAGGCCAUCAUUGGUCCUUGUGCAUCGCCACUGCCUUUCACUGGGAACUGGAAGGGGCCACACGAUAUCGGAGACCCGUGCCAGGAAUUUAAUGCCAGGAAAGAGAAUGCAAACAUGGAGGAGCUCAACAACGCCAGGAAUGUCUUGCUGUACAAGCCAAUCCCUGACGCUGUGGUUACCAGGAGGACCAUCUCCAAGAGAGCCAUGAGACCAGACUCCCUGGUCAUCUACCGACAGAAGCGGGAUUGUAAGAUCGGGGGGGCCGAGUCCUCCAGGGGCUACAACUUCAUUCGGCGACUGUUCCAGGGGUCGAUGAGGGACAAGCAGGCGGUCUCCCUGGAAUUGCCGAAGGUGAUCCUGAAGGAGGAUGGCGGGUCCUUCUCUGAAGGUGACCCACACACUUGUCACCUGACCGACGGUGGGGAGGCCCAGGCCGAGAAUCACCUUGUCCACCCUGUUUCCCACAAAGAGGGCACUGGCUGCUCUCUGCCGCCCCUCCCCAUCGCCGAUACACAACCACUGCCAAGCGAGGCCACGGAAGCUAGCGGGCGAGCAGCGUUACGCAACGGGACUUUGCAACGCUCAAACUCUGACCUCCCUCUCCGUGGCUCCCUGGCCCUGUCAGAAAAGGACCGGUUCUUCAAUCACUGUGGCCUGGACCUGGACGUGGCAGAACACCUCGGACUGGCGAGGUUCUCGUCUACUAACUCGGACUCCACCUUGCCCAGGCUUCCGAGCGCCGGCAAGGCCGGGAGUGAAAGCAGCGAAUUUUCUCGCUGGAGUCGAGAUGGAGAGGGACUUUAUGAAGAAGAAAUCCAUGAGCAAAUGUCUUUUGGGAUCUCUGUCAUAGAAAGGAAUGCUCGGGUCAUCAAGUGGCUAUAUGGCUGCAAAAAGGCCAAAGAGGGUCCCAGGGAGUCUACAGUGUAGAGGUGCAAGGAGACGCCUUAAAUUCAACUCCAUUUGCAAAGACAAUAUUGUCCCUGCAUUACCAGCUCAUUAAAGGAGCAGGUUGAAUCUUCAAGUAUUUAAAAGGUUUUAUUUUUCGUUAUUUAACUCUUAAGACUACUAUUCGGCAUUGGUCGGCAGGUCUUGUUUGAAGUCGCUACACAAAGGAUGGCUGAUUACUGCAACAUUUUAAAUAUGAUUAUCCAAGAUUCAAUGGGGAAUUGUUUUACCUCGUGGAAAAUUGAAACUCCCUUUCCAAAAAUAAAAAAAUAAUGUUGGAGGAGUGUUACUGGAUGUAAAACUUUCCAUUUAAUGUCCCCAAAUGUAACGAGUACACCCAAGCUCAGUUUAGAAAGGUUUGCCAGUACAAGCAUGGAAUGUUUUAUAGGAUGCCCCAAAGUGUUUUAUUGUCAAUUAUUUUUUUGAAGCGUACACUAAUUCCUCAUUAUCCAUUUGACAAGGUCAGCCAUCAGGCCCAGUGCCAUCAAACGCUCCUCAUAUGUUAACCCGAUUUUUCCUGGGAUCAUUCUCGUAAACUUCCCCCAAAACUGCGCACAAUAUUUCAAAUCCGGUCUGACCAGUGCCUUAUAAAGACUCAGCAACGCAUCGCUGUUUUUGUAUUGUAGGCCUCUCGAAAUGAAUGCUCGCAUUGCAUGUGCCUUCCUUGCUACGAGUAAUGUUCUCCCUAGUCAAAAAUGCAACUCUCUCCUCCUCUCAGCUCCAGCUCUGUCCCAGCUGAAGCUUUUGUGGCCCAGACUCUAGAGCUGCCAGUCCUGUUGCUCAUUCAAUAUGGUCUCUGCAAUAGCUUAGUUUAGUUUAGAGAUACAACACGGAAACAGGCACUUCGGCUCACUGAGUCUGCAUCGACCAAUGAUCCCCGCACAUUAACGCUAUCCUGCACACACUAGGGACAAUUUACACUUGUACCAAGCCAAAUAACCUAUAAACCUGUACGUCUUUGAAGUGUGGGAGGCAACCGAAGAUCUCGGCGAAAACCCACGCUGUCACGGGGGAAACGUACAAACUCCAUACAGAGGCGCCCGUAGUCACUAUCAAACCUGAGUCUCUGGCUCCGUAAGCAACAACUCUACCGCUGUGCUGUCCUAAUAUUCUCUAGUAUUGUGCGAAUAUUGCUCUAAUAUUCCUGUCCAAUGGCUUCUAUCUAUGCCCUGAGUCGGUCUGCCUUACCUGGUUACAUUGGAAAUAAAUUUGGUUUAAUCCAUCAGAUAUUGCUAGCAAAGUAACUCAGUGAUUGGGAUCAAGCAUUGGCCACUCUGCUUGGGUGAUCUACCCUUCUAAAGAAUGAUACAUUUCGGAUCUAUUCCAUUUGGGCAGCAAGGUGGCACAGCGGUGGGCUCGCUACCAUACAGCGCUUGCAAUGCCAGAGACUCUGGUUCGAUUCCGACU